GGUGGCUGCGGGCCUCGGGCCGACGGCACCCGAGCGCUGGGCAUGGCAGCCGCAAGCUCUCUGGCCCCCGGCUCUGCCCCGCGGUGUGAGCCCAGGCAGGCCCCUAGCUUCUCUGGGCCUCUGUCCUGCUUUGUAAAAGGGGCGUAAGGACGGCGCCUACCUCAGCUCUUAUUCCGAAAAGGAAAUGGAAGAGUCAGUGUGCUCUGUACGCACUGAAAGAAAAUGCCAUCUACUUUUUUUUUUAAAAUCCAGUGUGUAAACCUUGAACAAACUGCUUCAGUAUUGCCAAGUUUCAGUUUUCUCAUCGUUUAAAAAAGAAAUCUGGAGUUAUGUGAAUGCCCACCAUGCAUAGUGGUGAAGAUCGAAAGAGCUCUUAAUUAACAUUAUUAUUACUGUUAAUGAGUUUGUCACAUAUGUAUGUGAUAGUUGAUUUACACGCAGAUGGCAGCUGGUUACCUCUUGCCUAGGAACACUCUGUUAAUUCAAGGAAAGGUUGGAGCCCUAGAAAAUGAUUCCCAGUGUGAUUCUCCAUGCAGGUGUGUCCCGAGCUGCACGAUAAGCUUGAUUUUUCAUGACUGCUUUUUUCCUGUUCUUGAUCUGCCUUCUCAGGCACUGCCCUAUAAGAAGAGAGCCUGGAAAGAGGACUGUGUUGACUAUUGGAAAUUGCAGAGUCAUGUUUCAGGUGACAUUUAGCGAUGUGGCCAUAGACUUCUCUCAUGAAGAGUGGGGAUGGCUAGAUCCGACUCAGAGGGAUUUAUACAAGGAUGUGAUGGUCCAGAAUUAUGAGAACCUGGUAUCUGUAGCAGGUCUUUCCAUACCUAAGCCAUACGUGAUUGCUUUAUUGGAGGAUGGCAAAGAACCUUGGAUGGUGGGAAAAAAGCUGUCAGAAGGUUUGUUUCCAGAUUUGAAAUCAGGAUGGGAAAACAAAGAAUUAUCAAUGGAGGAGGAUAUUUAUGAUGAAGAUUUACCCCAGAUGGUAAUAAUGGAAAAAACUACACAACAAAGUACUGAAUUUUCAGAUUUUAACAAGGACUUGGAUUAUAUAGAGAAGGUGGAGGGGAAGUGUGAAAAUCAGGUAGAACAUUUCAGACCAGUGACCCUCACCUUUAGAGAAAGUCCCACUGGGGAAGGUGUUUACAAAUGCAAUUCGUUUAGAAGCAUCUUCCAUUUAAAGUCUGUUCUUUCUGAACCACAGAGAAUUUCUGCUGAAGGGAAGUCACAUAAACAUGAUGCAUUCAAGAAGAGCUUACCAACAAAUUCAGUUAUAAAAAUUGAGAAUAUCAGUGAUGGAAAGGAACUUUUGAAUUCUAAUGAAAGUGUGGCAGCCUUCAGCCAAAGCAAAUCUCUUACCCUUCACCAGACUUUUAAUAGAGAGAAAAUCUAUACAUGUAGUGAAUGUGGGAAAGCCUUUGGCAAACAAUCAAUCCUUAAUCGCCACUGGAGAAUUCAUACAGGAGAGAAACCCUAUGAAUGUCAUGAAUGUGGGAAGACUUUUAGCCAUGGCUCAUCCCUUACUCGACAUCAAAUAAGCCACAGUGGAGAGAAACCUUACAAAUGUAUUGAAUGUGGGAAGGCCUUUAGCCAUGUCUCAUCACUUACUAAUCAUCAAAGCACUCACACUGGAGAGAAACCAUAUGAAUGUAUGAACUGUGGAAAGGCUUUUAGUCGUGUUUCACAUCUUAUUGAACAUCUGAGAAUUCAUACUCAAGAAAAACUCUAUGAAUGUCGAAUAUGUGGGAAGGCCUUCAUUCACAGGUCAUCUCUCAUUCACCAUCAGAAAAUUCAUACUGGAGAGAAACCUUAUGAAUGUAGCGAAUGUGGAAAAGCCUUUUGCUGUAGCUCACACCUUACUCGACAUCAGAGAAUUCACACUAUAGAGAAACAAUUUGAAUGCAACAAAUGUCUGAAAGUCUUUAGCAGCCUCUCAUUUCUUAUUCAGCAUCAGAGUAUUCAUACUGAAGAAAAACCCUUUGAAUGUCAAAAAUGCAGGAAAUCCUUCAACCAGCCUGAAUCACUGAAUAUGCAUUUGAGAAACCACACUAGAUUGAAACCUUAUGAAUGUAGUAUAUGUGGGAAAGCCUUUAGUCAUAGGUCAUCCCUGCUUCAACAUCACAGAAUUCAUACUGGAGAGAAACCGUAUGAAUGUAUUAAAUGUGGGAAGACCUUUAGCUGUAGUUCAAACCUUACUGUACAUCAGAGAAUUCAUACUGGAGAAAAGCCAUAUAAAUGUAAUGAAUGUGGGAAAGCAUUUAGCAAAGGCUCAAAUCUUACUGCUCAUCAAAGAGUGCAUAAUGGAGAGAAACUCAGUAGCACAAUAAGUGUGGAAAAGCCUUUAGGCCAUACAAAUCACUACACGUGUGAAAGAUCAUAUAAGAGAGAAACUGCGUAAAUGCAGAAUUUGUCAUAAUAUACCGUAGCCAUAGAUCCUUCCUGAUUCAAAAUCAGAAAAUUUGUACUGGAGAAAAUUCUUAGGAAUGUAAUGAAUAUGGGAAACUCUUUAGCAAUGAUACAAGCCUUAUUGUCUAUCACACGCACUGUAGAGAGACUAUAUGAAGGCAAUAAAUGUGGGAAAGACUUGAGCCAGCAUUAAUCCCUUAGUUGACAUAAGUAAAUCUGCACUGGAGAAAAACCCUUUACAUGUAACAAGUAUGAGGAAGACAUUAGGCAAUAUGAAUCUCUUCAGAAACAUUAAACACAGGAGAGAAGCAAUACGAAUAUAAAAAUUGCUUCAGGAAGUCCAGUUAAAAUGCAUCCCUCAUUCUACAUCAGAGACCUCACACUGGAGAGAAAGCUUAUGUAAGAAAUGUAGCAAAGUGUUCACUAAGCAUUCUUAGCAUGCUAGACAUCAGAUUAAUGCUAGAACAACCUGAAGGAUUUAGGAAUUAUGUGUAAGUCUUUCUUUACAAUGAUGCUAAUUUGUAAACAGUUCUACAGGAGAGCAAACAAACAAAUGAAUAUGCAUAUCUUAUAGUAGCAGCAUGCAUUUUACUCAAGAGUCCUACAUAGAAAUUAUCUUUAGCUAAUGGGCAUGUGAAGAUAUUUAGUCACCCAGUGGAUCCACUACAUGUUAUAAUUGAAAAUUACAGUUGCAACAGAAGUAAAAAAGUGGUGUGAAUAAAAUUUUUGGUCUCUAAUAAAA